AUGCCGACAGAUUACGACGGUGACUCUCAAAUGGCCUCCUCCCCCGAAUCCGGAGCCCGCACCCCAACCAUGACCAACCCCCCGGGCAUCCACUCCUCAGAACUGUCCCCACCAGGGUCCCAACAGAUGGAAAGAACAGCAGACCUCGGUGUUUUUGAGAGGAGAAAUAGCGCUGCUACGGCACAGGGGAAACAGCAGAAGGUCAAGCCGGGGGAGUGGAAGAGUAAACGGGCGGAAGAUGAGGCUCAGCGGGCAAUGGAGUUUGUGGUGGAUAGGGAUUUUAGUUUGAAGGAAUUCGGGGACCCGUUUGAUGAGAGGGAUAUGGAGGAGAAACUGCCAUGA